CGCUGCGUUCUCGCUCAGUGCUCACUUCCAAUGUCACUCAUGGCAGCAAUGGCCCUAUUUCAGCCACACACUUUUCCUUCUGCAAUUUCAUCUUCCUCCGCCCAUUCUACUGGAGUUCUAUUCAACAACUCCGCACGCGCACCAUACAACCCUUAAUCUUCGAAACAGCCACUCUAUUCCUCAUCGUUCCACAUGCAGAAUUUCGUCGCAGGAGAAUCAGUUCUCAAGAUCUGCAUCCGCCAUUCUCGAUCAUCUUCUCUACUUGAUCUGCCAAAUUCAACUCACUCCUCCGCUUCCGCUUCCGGUUCAGGUUUACGAGAAGUGUGCCUUGGAUAUGAGUACCUAUGAGAAUUUGCCUAACGCUUGCAAUGCAGCAUCCCUUGACUCUGCUGCUUCCAUUCCUAAGGAUGAUACUGAUGCUUCUUACGUUUUCGUCAACUCCACCGAUGCUGCUACUUCCGAUGAUCAUGUUGUGUCGGAUCUCAAUGGGCAACUAGAGUGUUCUCACAAUGUCGAUACGGAAAUUAAGGUUCAUAAUGGGGAAUUCAGUACGGACGAUGGUAGGAAACCCGAUUCAUUUUUCGUUUCCAAUGCAUCUGAGGAUUCACCGUUUAAAUUUUCUGAGCAUUUGAAAGUGAGUGACGCAAUUCAGGAUGAGACUAGAGUGGUAGAUGUUCUUCAAUCUUCUGACGCCAAGGUGGAUGAACCGGAACCUGGACUGGAUUCCUCCCAAAAAGUGGAAGAAACUCGAAUCCUGGAGAACCAGGCUGUCAACGAAUCGUUUGAUGUAGAAGGUGAAAUCCAUGGGGUAGAUGCUCCUCAAGAAGAUGAAAACGUUCAGAUUCAGGAGGAAAAUCAAAUAAUUUCUACCUCUGAAUCUUCAAACACGGAUGCAAAUCUUGGUGGACAAAUCUUGGUGGUGUCUUCUCAAAUGGCGGAAGAUAUUCAAAUUCACGAGGAUAAUGGAGUAAUGGGAAUCAUGAAGUCUUCUAAUACCAAGGCAAAUCGUGGGAUAGACAUUGAGGCGGAGUCUUCUCAAAACGCAGAGGGCAUCCAAUUUCGCAAGGAAUAUGGAAUUGUUGCAAUCAAGUUUUCUGAUCCUGAGUCAAACACUGGGGAAGAAAUUGAGGUGGAGUCUUCUCUAAAGGCAGACGAGGUUCAGAAUCAUGAAGAAAAUGGCAGAGUGAAAGCCUUUAAUUUGACUGACACUGCGGCUAAUCUUAGGGGGAAAAUUAAGUUGGAGUCUUCUAAGAAGGCAGACGAUAUUCAGAAUGAUGAGGAAAAUGGCAGAAUGAAAGCCUUCGAUUUGUCUGGUACCGUGGCUAAUCCUAGGGGGAAAAUUGAGGUGGAGUCUUCUCAAAAGGGAGACGACAUUCUGAAUGAUGAGGAAAAUGGGAGAGUGAAAGCCUUCAAUUUGUCUGAUACUGAGGUGGACAUUCAGAAUCAUAAGGAAAAUGGCAUAAUGAAAGCCCCCAAGCUGUCUAAUACCGAGGCAAAUCCUAGGUCAGAAAUUGAAGUGGAGUCUCCUGGGGAGGGGGAAGAUAUUAAGCUUAACGGGCAAAAUGAAAUAGUGGACGCCGUCAAAUCUUCUGCUACCCUGGAUAAGCGUGGGCAAGGUGAAGCAGUUCCCGAGGAUAAUGAAACAGUGGCUAUUAAUGAAUUGUCUGAUACCAUAGAAAACCGCAGUGAAGAAACUGAGUUGGACUCUUUCGAGAGAGAAGAAGGCAUUCGAGAAUCACAAGAUGCAAAUGUGGAGGCUGCCGACUGCCAUUCUGGCAAAGAUAAGGUUGAUGAGAUGGUAAAUAAAGCUGCGACAAGCGACCCAGUAGGAGGAUUAGGAGAAUCUCAAAUUAUAAGUAUGGGUGCUGUUAAAUCUGAGCUAGAUCACCCUGAUGGUUCAGUGGAGGACGUCAAGGGGGAAUGUAAAUUAGGGGUUGCUUUAAAUGAAGAGAACUCUGAGAGAACUCAAGUUACAAUUAAUCCGGAUGGUGAACAUUGCCAUGUUGUUGGUGAGGAACAAGAAAGUUUAAACAAUGAGGAUUCUCUUUUAGAGCCAUCUGAAGAAAACAAAGUGGACAUGGAGCAGCAUUUGGCAGCAGCUCCUAGUCCAUUGGUCAAUUCAGAAGAUGUAAAUGGUUCUAUCUCCACUAGCACUGCAACGAGUAUGGAUCAAGAUGACCCUUUGAAGACUAUUGAUGACAAAGACACUGUAGCUAACACGAGCAGCUUCCAUGACCAUACUGAAACUUUAUCUAGCUCUGUAGAUCCUGAUAUUGAUUCUGUUGAAACUCAUAAAUUAACUCAUACAAUGCUUAUUAAUGAUCCAAAAGUGGAGUUAAAUGAGAUUACCGUGAAUGAACAAGAGGUGAAUCAUGUGUUAGAACUAGAAGAAACUUCAGAAACGGCUUCCCAUCCUAAAGUGGACGAAUGUGACAGGGUUGAAGUUUUGGAAGGUACAGUCUCUGGAGAUGAGAUGUCCAUUGCGCUUGAUGAAUCUAGAACUUCUUAUGGUGAUGAUUCUGUUGCGGGAAGUCAAUUAAUCCCUGUGGAAGUUGAACCUGCACAAAGCGUUGAAACAGCAGUCUCUUCUGUUGUGAUAGGAAAUACUUCAGUUGAAAUAAGGGAAAUGUCCUGUACACACGGUCUUGAUGAUCCAGUACUGAGACCUGAUCUUGAAGCCGAGGAUUGUACAAUGUCUGAAAAUGUGGCUUCUGCUGGUGAUUAUGUCCAACUGGAUAAUGAAGUCCGUGAAAAUCAUGAGAUUAGUCUUCUUGGUGACAAUAAUUUUGAAACCAAGUCUGAGAGUGGUGACAUCGAAGAAGAAAACCAAUCAACUUUCCCUUGUAAUGAUAUGAGAUCAGAAUCUAACGAUUUUAUUUCAAUUGAAUGUGAAGAGAGAGGUUCUACUGUUCCUGAAGUUCCUAAUGGUGACAAUAAAUCUACUGCGAUCCAACAAAGUUCUGCUGUUGAAACAGAUUCAGAAUUCCGUGAUAAUGAACGUAGCUCAAGUCCAACUGCUAAUGAGAAAUCAGGAGAGAAUAUCGAGAUUGCAUCUUCCGUAGGAGGUGGUGGCAGAGAUAUAACUAGCGAUGAUUGCACAUCAGAAACUGAAGUCAAGGGUUCUGCAGUAAACGAUGAAGUGGAUCUGAACCCAAUGUCUGAUAUUGCCUCUCAAACUGACAGUAAACCGACGAAAGAAGAAACUGAGGUCGUUCAUGAGAGUUGCCAGAAUGAACCUUCCCCUAUUUCCCCAGAAGGUUCUAUUGAAGCUUUGGCAGGGAAGAAUGUAGGUACUGAAGCAGGAACAAAGCCACUUAACUUUUUGGUUAGGGUACCUAAAUUUGGUGAUGUAAAUAUAAGAGAGCAGAUUAAGUGUGCUCAAACGGAAGUUGAUCAGACGACCAAGGAUCGAGAUGCCAUUCGAGUUCAAAUACAGAUAAUGAGGGCUGCAUGGAAAGUGUUAAGUGAUGAUCUUGAAGCUGCAGUGUCAGAAGGAAGAGCUGCAAGAGACUUGCUGAGAUUCAAACGACAGGAGAUUGACUCUGUUCAAUCAGUCAUAACAAAAGUAAAGAAUGCAAUGUCCAUUGGGGACAUUGAUGGCAGGGUGCGCAGCAUUGAACACAUUAUAGAGCAUGAAACACUGCCACUGAAAGAGGAAAAGCAAUUGAUUCGUGAAAUCAAGCAAUUGAAGCAGCUACGGGAACAGCUUUCAUCUACUACGGGUAAGCAGGAUGAGCUUCAACAGGCAUUGGACCAGAAAGACCAGUUUGAAGAGCGCCUAAAGCUAUUAAGAAAGGAGAUGGAUUUACUGAGAGGCAAUGUUCUGAAAGCUGAAUCAGUUAUAAAGGCUGCUAAGAAGAUAUGUAAUGAUGAAAGCUUAAAGCUGGAUGAAUUGCAAUCCAAGUUUAAAGCAGCAGAUAAGAUUCGCCAAGAAGCAUAUGCCAAUUUACAGAGUACGAGGAAGCAAUUAUACGAUAAGAACAAAUACUACUGGAAGUAUCGGGAUGACGUGAAAGAAGCCAAUGAAAUCGCAACGAGUGGAGAUGUAGAGAGACUGCAACGUUUUUCUGUUAAUCAGGUGGAGUGCAUGAUGGAACUGUGGAACACAAAUGCUGAGUUCAGGGAAGAAUAUAUUAAGAGCAACAUGAGAAGUACCCUGAGGCGACUAAAGACGUUGGAUGGCCGCUCCCUUGGCCCCAAUGAAGAGCCACAUGCACUGAACCAGAUUGUAAAGGAGAGACCAGCGAGGGACAGUUCUCUUUCAACAGUUUCAAAAACGCUGGAACCAGAAAACCUGAUACCCGCUGAGAAUAUGAGAGAUAAUGAUAAACCAGUGAUCGAAGUAGUCAAAACAAAGAAUCAACCGACAAAAAACAAGAAGCCCACGACAGUUGUGGCUUUAAUGAAUGGCCUUAGGAAUAUUUCUUGCGAGAAUGACGUAGAAGAGCCACCACAACCCGUGGAGAUUAAGCGAACAAGAGAGGAAGAGGAGUUGGCGGCGAAAGCAGAAGAGUUGAGAAAGAAAGAGGAAGCAAUCAAGUUGAAGGAGCAACAUAAGUUGGAAGAGAAGACCAAAGCCAAAGAGGCAUUGGAGAGGAAAAAGAGAAAUGCUGAGAAAGCCCACGCUAGGGCGGUAACUAAAGCAAGAAAAGAGGCGGAAGAGAGAGAGAAGCUAAGGGAGAAGAGAGCAAAAAAGAAGGCAAGGAAGAUGGCAGCAGCUGAGACGGAAGCUGGAAAUGGUUUGGAAGAAAAGGAAUCUGGUAUAAUCACGGAGAGCACCCCGAAGGAGGUGUCUGAAAACACAGGUAAACAGGGGACGGCUGCGAAGAGGCCACCAAAAGCGUCGCAGUCGCAGUACACCAAGCACAGCAAGACAAAGUCAACAAUUCCUCCACCUCUUCGAAAUCGGAGUAAGAGGGGGAUGCAGCCAUGGAUGUGGGUUCUUUUGACCACCCUGAUUGUUUUCGUGGUGUUCUUCGUGGGGGCAACAGCGGCUUCUCUACUAGGUCUUGGUUUCUAAAUUUAGAAUGCAAUUCAAUUUCAUAUAGAGAGCGACACACAAUUACAGUUGGUAAGGGCAGAGGGAUAGAGUUUUGGUUUGGGACAUUCCCAUAGAAUAUAUUUCUAUAUAGAUACAGUAGGCUAAUUCUUUGGCUCUAUUCUCAGGACUGGUCUCUUUUAAAUUAACAAAAUGAAAGUUUUCCCAUUAUUAAGGCGCC